UAAACACAUAUGUAGGUCGCUACAUUUACAGAUUAAACAACUUUGUGAAGAGUGGUACAGCCAAAUAGGAAGUACAGAAGAUAUACAAUUUUAGUAAGAACUAUAUAAUAUCGAAUACAUGCAUUAGCCAUGUACAUUCUUGAUUUAGUAAACAUUCCAGACUGGAUACUAGUGAUAGUGUGUCUCGUUGGUAUUAUCUGCACAUACACCAGGUAUAAACAGAGCUAUUUUAAAAGGUUGGGAAUACCUUUUAAACCACCUGCAUUUUUGAUCGGUGAUAUUCCAGAUAUCAUCAAAAAGGGAGUUUUUCAUUAUGUGGAUAUCGAACUUGCAAAGAAACAUGGAAAAGUGUUUGGACUCUAUACUGGAAAUAACCCAUCUCUUAUCAUAUGCGAUCCUGAAAUUAUAAAGCACAUCACAGUGAAGGACUUCGAGAACUUUACAAACAGAGCGGUAAGUUGCAAUCAUAUUCAACAAUUUUAAUCGCAUCCUCGGAAUCAGAAGAAAUAAGUAAAUAUAAAACCAUAUUUGAUAGGUAAAUAUUGAAUAAACUUUCCCAUUUUCUAAACAUAAUACACAUACAUUUAAAGAACAGAUUUGUGUAUUCAUUUGAAACAAUUUGCCGUGUAUCUAAACCAUGUGAAUAAGUUCUAAUCAAUUCCAAAAUAACGGAACACAAAAAUACAUAGGCUCGGUUUUGAAUGCCUGCAAAGAUAUUGCCAUUGAACCUAACUGAACAAUUAUAGAUCAACAAAUUUUGAGCAUACCAUAUCUAUAUCUACUAAUACAAUAACAAGCACUCAAUGGAAUACAAAAACGCCAUAAGACAAAAUCACAAACUACAUUAACAUGGUCGCGCCGUAAUCAAUAAGUGGACUGGUCAAUGAGUAAAACCGGAUGAUGAGCACCAAACCUUAA